UUAAACAGCCAUUUGAUAAAAUUAACAAGCAAAGGUUUCAACAUUUUAAAUGUCUGGACACCCGACCCCAUAUUCUACAGCACAUGCACAGUCGCCGUGGCUGGCGGGCCUCUAUUAUUUUUGUUUACACAACUUUUUAGCGAUACUCUACCUGCCGCGCGCGCCGCGCCGAGAUCAGAAAACGGUGAAGUGAAGGACCCCAAAACAACCGGUGCUAUCAUUUGCAGAUUUGGAGACUACAAACUACUACCAAUGUCAUGAUGAAGAUCAGUAAGUCAUUCAGGAUAGUGGCCCUCUGUUCGCUGGCCAACUUCAUCAAUGCUGCUGAUCGUGUCAUCAUGCCUAUAGCCAUAGUACCUAUGUCGGAUGUCUAUCGGUGGAACAUGUCCCUGCAAGGAUGGAUCCUCAGUGCUUUUGCCUAUGGUUACAUCAGUAGUCAGAUCAUCGGUGGAAAGGCAGCUCAGAAGUUUGGUGGGAAGCUGACAUUGGGGGUAGCUGUCGCUGUAUGGUCGUUAUCAACUUUUCUGACCCCGGUUAUUGGAGGCUCUUUUACUGUACUGGUGAUGUCUAGAAUGAUCCUUGGUUUUGCUGAAGGUUUCUGCUUACCAACAAUCUUUCACAUCUUUGCUCAUAAUGUCCACACUGACGAGAGAUCAAAGUCAUUUGGCUACCUCGUAGCUUUGGGAUCUAUGGGACAGACAGUCGCUGCAGUUAUCUGUCCUCGUCUUUCCUGGUCGAUGAUGUUCUAUGUGUUUGGAGCCAUUGGUUUAGUCUGGGUUUUAAUCUGGAUUAUGUUCUAUCCAAAAGAUACACCAGAUGAUGAUCCACAGAUGCUUCUCUUGCCAAAGGUUGAUACAACAAACAGUGUUUAUUGGAUGAGUUACAUCUCCCACCGGUCUCUAUGGGCCAUCUACAUAGCACACUUUGCCAUGAACUGGUCAAACUACAUUGUGUUGUCAUGGUUACCUACAUAUUUACAGAGGCAUCUAGGAGCAAAUAAACAAGAUGUCAGUUUCACAGCAUUGCCCUAUGUCAUGAAUUCAUUAGUUGGUGUUGCUGCUGGUCACUACGCCGAUUAUCUCAUCUCUCAGAAGCACUGGACGACGUUAUCAGUGAGAAGAUUAAUGACAAGCAUCGGUCUCCUUGGACCAGCUCUCUUCAUAUUCCUUUUUGGUUCUGUCGAUCAUCUUGCUCUAGCUGUAUGUUUCAUAUCAAUAUCCCUUGGUCUUUGUGGAUGUAAUUCAUCAGGACACAUGAGUAACCAUGCUGACGUAGCACCUAAUCAUGCAGGAAUCACAUUUGCUGUUUCAAACACGUUGGCAACCUUGCCUGGCAUGGCAGCAGGACCUUUGACGGCAGCAAUGGUAGAUGCUUCAGGCCAAUGGACGCUGGUUUUCAUGGUCGCUUCGUUGGUCAACUUAGGGGGCGCUGUUAUCUAUUUCAGUCAAAGCUCAGCCAGCCAAGUGUUGUAGAUGCACCUGAUUUCUUUAGUAAAUGUUGCAAUUUAUUACUCUAAGAACAAAGGCAUUGUACUAUGUUUUGUUUUUAUUUUUAAUGUUUUAUGUCUACUUUCAAGUGGCCAGUUUUAUUUCAAAGCUUCCACUUGCUUGCAAAUCCAUAUCUACCCUCCUUCAGAGUUCAUCGCCCCUCGCAAUCAACAGAGCUAUGAAUAACCUGUGUGGGUAGAUGAUACAUCCUAUCGCUUCUUUAUAGCAAGUACUGAUUGAUUGCCAAUUACAAUUAAUUACCAAUCGUAACCAAGUUUGUGCUUUGAAUAACAAGUUGCCCUAAUGUCUGAUUGUUACUGAUCUACCACUAGGUAUAACUGGGCGGAACUUAGAUGGUGCAUAGUACCUCACAACGCAAGGUAUGCUAUUAUUUGUAUUGCGAUGUAUCGUACAUGACAAUUCUGCUGAUGAGAGUAAAACAUGUCACCUAUUGCAACUUGUCAAAAGUUUGCAUUUGCGUCUUUAAGCAGGAAUCUUGCUAAAAGGGUGCUUUGUGUCAUUUGGUUGCACCUCCCAUUGUUUGUAGUGACUAUGAUAAUUUGUAAUGAAAAGCAGCUCAAAGGAUUUCUGCAUGAAAGAUGCGGCUUUGACUUUUGAGUUGUCCAGUCUGUGAUGAUAAAAUGUAAAUAACCAGUUACUGAUUGCCUGUUCCAAUCUAUCACAAAUGGUGAUAACGUAUAAAUGACAUGUUACUGAUCACUACUGGUGAUUGUGAGGGCAAUUUAUUGCAAAUGAUCAUAACAUCUGGGGCCCGUUGCAUACAAAUUUUGCCAUGAAAAAACUCUGGCAAACAAAGUUAUGCCAUUGAAAAUUACACAUUAAUAAACUUUGGCAAAAAAAUUGCCAGAGUUUUUAUGGCAAAAGUUUUAUGCAACAGGCCCCUGAAAGCACCUUAUAACUUAUUAAUUCAUUGUGUUACAACGACUGCUCUACAGAGUGACUAGGACCAUUCAUUACUAUAAAUAGAACAACAAAAAAAUCAAUAGGUCAGGGAUGUUUCACAGAUUAAUGUCUGACUAAAAAAAUCACACUUGAAUUUCCUAGUCGCUUGUGGGAUGUACCUCUUGUUUGUGGUAUAUAAACUCAUCAAAUCAUUUGUUGAGAUGAUCCUCAUGGGAUGCGCUCUACUGUAUAUUAUUGAGAUUACCAAUAGAAAUUCAUGUGCAUGUCAACACGUAAGCAUGACUUUUCGCUACGCUUAAAUAUUUGUGAAGCACAAGUGUGUUUUGGAGCUUUGACCUCCUGUAUGAAGAUGCAUCCAACACAGGGCUGAGACAAACAGUAUUGUACCUGGACCAGGUUAACUAUCAAGUAUGUGGUUAGUCCCUGAAAAAGGCUGGUUUGGUUUGGUGGCCAUAAAAAUCAAAGAAAUGAGAUGAAAUAGAGAGGCAGAAGAUUGAAGAAGAUCUGCAUCAUUAUUUCUCGGGAUAUUGAUUGCUUAAUUGGACUAUUAUCUUCAUAAUUCAUAGGCUCGAAUUCACAAAGGUAGUUAUGAAAACCGUCGGUUAAACCCAUGGGUUAUGCAGAUUUCCUGUGUGAAUUACGCUGAAUUUACUGUGUAUAUUAAAAAGUGGCCAAUACUGAUCCACGCUUUUUAUUCAUGCGUCUACUAUAGCGGGCUCAACCAUGGCAACAGGCGUCAAUUUUGAUAGUGCAGUGUGACAAAAGUGUGCCUCAGCAUUAGACAAUACAGGAAAUCUUCAUAAACUAUGGGUUCCACCAACAGUUUUCAAAACCACCUUUUUGAAUUCCGGCCAUUUACUCUGAAAUAUUUUGAACUUUUAGUGUUCAAAUGUAUAAUUACUUAAUACAUGUAUUGUUUUUUUUUUGCAUUAUAUUGUACCCCGCCUUCUUUGAAUACUGCAGGUAAUAUGGAAAGUAUUCUUUCAAUUCAAUAUCAUAUGUUGCAAGAUUGAUGAAAAUAUAAUAAUGCCACCAAAAUCUAGACUAUGCGGUUCAGUGUACAUGUAUACAAUAAUUAUAGUUAUUACGUGAUCUAAACAGUAUACAAAUUCACAAUGAGAUUUGUAUGCGGUAGUGACUUUUUUAUAAUCUGGAGGCCUUGAUAUGAUCAAGGAAUUUGGCAAUGCAUUUUUGACAAACCUAAUGCUUAAUGGUUCUAUGUAAUCACAUAUGAUGAGCAACAUACAUUUAUCCUAUUAAUGAAGUCAUUCUCAAAUGAAACUAUAGCUCAACCAUUUAUUGGGUAUUGCACUGUUUGAGCUUGGAUAUGGAUUUUCUUAACUUUAUUUGCACUAUUUAUAAAGAGGGAAGUUUAAACUUCAUUGUUAUAUAUAUUUUCUAUUUAUCCCAUCUGCAUUAUAUACAACAUCUGCAAUUAAGUUUUGACACAUUUUAUAAAGGAAGAUGUAUGAAAUACAAAGAAGACACAUUUGAUGUCUUAGAUUUCAUUAGAUUAUUUUAAAGGUGUCGUACAAGUCUUGUAGAAGUUGAAGAAUUUUCUAGGGCAUGGACCUACUUACUCUGAGUAUGACUCAUCUGCAUGUUUCUUUUCCAGGCCCUGUAACAUGAAGCUUAGCGAUUGAUUGCAGGGCUUAUUUUCAUGAUCGAUCGCAUAGGUUAUUAUGUAUGAUCAAUCAUAAAAAUUAGCUCCGUGAUUGAUAAGCUUUAUGCUAUGGGUUCCAUGGAAUCUAGUAUUAAAGUUCAUCUGUCGGCUGGUAGCAAUGAAUAAACUACAACACUUGGAAUUCAAUUCACAUGAAUCACUUGUUGGUAUGUUUGGAAAGCUUUCAGGUAUUUAGUAAGUUUGUAAAGAAGUUGAAUAUAACAAGGAUUCCCUACUUUGGGGCUGAUAUAACAACAAUAAAUAUCAAGAUUCUUUUGAACAUCUGAAAGAAAAAAAGUUUUUGUAUGGACUUGUUCUGUAAUUUAUUUUUACUUUCCCACCCCCUCCCCAAAAAAGUACAGCUGUUACUUUUUUAAUCUAUAUUUUACAUUUCGAUAUUUUUUUAUUUAUUUCUUAAUAGACCCCCAGAACAUACAUUGAUAUUAGGGAUGGAAUGAAGUCCUUACCUAGCUGUUGUAAUUAUGUCUGUUAUAUUUCAUUAUAUUUAUGUGAUGUAUACAUGUAGGCUGCCUGUUGAAUGUAUUUUGUAUUUUCAAUUGAAUUUAAAAGUUUAACAAUGUUCAUAUUUGCUAGAA